AGAGAAAAGUAAAGCCGGACGUUCAAUCCUGGCUCCAUAAAUGACUGGGAAUUGUGCUCAGCGGAAUAUGCCCUGUAGAAAUAGUACAUGAUGUGGGUAUAGAAUACAGUGUCUCCUAGCAAAGAUCGACUAAGUCAUCUGAAGUGUAACUUUUUCUUUGUGUGUACCUGUGUGAUUUGUGUUGUAGGAAUCCCCGUCAGAAGUUCCAGCCUGCCACUGUUCUCUGAUGCCAUGCCAGCACCAACUCAACUGUUUUUCCCUCUGAUUCGUAACUGUGAACUGAGCAGAAUCUAUGGCACUGCAUGUUACUGCCACCACAGACACCUCUGCUGCUCAUCUUCUUACAUUCCUCAGAGCCACCUGAGGUAUACACCCCACCCGGCGUAUGCUACCUUUUGCAGGUCAAAGGAGAACUGGUGGCAGUACACCCAAGGAAGGAGAUACGCUUCCACACCACAGAAAUUUUACCUCACACCUCCACAAGUCAACAGCAUCCUGAAAGCUAAUGAAUACAGUUUCAAAGUGCCAGAAUUUGAUGGCAAAAAUGUCAGUUCUGUCCUUGGAUUUGACAGCAAUCAGCUACCUGCAAAUGCACCCAUUGAGGAUCGGAGAAGUGCAGCAACCUGCUUGCAGACCAGAGGGAUGCUUUUGGGGGUUUUUGAUGGCCAUGCAGGCUGUGCUUGUUCCCAAGCAGUCAGUGAAAGACUCUUUUAUUACAUUGCUGUCUCUCUGUUACCCCACGAGACUUUGCUAGAGAUUGAAAAUGCAGUGGAGAGUGGCCGGGCACUGCUACCCAUUCUCCAAUGGCACAAGCAUCCCAACGAUUACUUCAGUAAGGAGGCAUCCAAAUUGUACUUCAACAGCUUGAGGACUUACUGGCAAGAACUUAUAGACCUCAACACUGGGGAGUCAGAUGAUAUUGAUGUUAAGGAAGCUUUAAUUAAUGCUUUCAAGAGACUUGAUAAUGACAUCUCCUUGGAGGCCCAAGUUGGUGAUCCCAAUUCCUUCCUCAACUACCUGGUGCUUCGAGUGGCAUUUUCUGGGGCUACUGCUUGUGUGGCCCAUGUAGAUGGUGUCAACCUUCAUGUGGCCAAUACUGGUGAUAGCAGAGCCAUGCUGGGUGUGCAGGAAGAGGACGGCUCUUGGUCAGCAGUCACUCUCUCUAAUGACCACAAUGCUCAGAAUGAAAGUGAACUGGAGAGGCUAAAAUUGGAACAUCCAAAGAAUGAGGCCAAGAGUGUGGUGAAACAGGAUCGGCUACUUGGCUUGCUGAUGCCCUUUAGGGCUUUUGGAGAUGUAAAGUUCAAAUGGAGCAUUGACCUUCAAAAGAGAGUGAUAGAAUCUGGCCCAGACCAGUUGAAUGACAACGAAUAUACCAAGUUCAUCCCUCCUAAUUAUUAUACACCUCCUUAUCUCACUGCUGAGCCAGAGGUAAUCUACCACCGAUUAAGGCCACAGGAUAAGUUUCUGAUACUGGCUACUGACGGGUUGUGGGAGACCAUGCAUAGGCAGGAUGUGGUUAGGAUUGUGGGCGAGUACCUAACUGGCAUGCACCACCAACAGCCAAUAGCUGUUGGUGGCUACAAGGUGACUCUGGGACAGAUGCAUGGCCUGUUAACAGAAAGGAGAGCCAAGAUGUCCUCGGUAUUUGAGGAUCAGAAUGCAGCAACCCACCUUAUCCGCCAUGCGGUGGGCAACAACGAGUUUGGGACUGUGGAUCAUGAGCGUCUCUCCAAAAUGCUGAGUCUUCCUGAAGAGCUCGCUCGGAUGUACAGAGAUGACAUUACAAUCAUUGUAGUUCAGUUCAAUUCUCAUGUGGUGGGGGCAUAUCAAAACCAGGAAUAGUGAGAUCUUACCCUGGCAAUUUUCAAAUGAAAUAGAUGUAAAGGACAAAUAGAUUUUAAAAAGAUACUAAAGUAAUAAACAUUUCUAGUGGGUCAUUCUAAGCAUUUACCCAUUUGAUCCUUUAGCUAGUCAAGAACUCCAACGGCCUUGGCAGUAGGGUGGCAGGAUAAUGUGAGUGUCGUUCUGCCUGGCUCAGACCUCACAGUUCCUGCAGUUGAGGCAAGUCAGUUUCUUAUUGCAGAUUCCUUGUGACAUUGGCUUCUUGUAUCGGUCAGAAAAUUAGGAUGACCUGCAAGUAGGAUCUUAAAUACGUCAAAAGCCAGGAUCUUGCUGGGCGCAUUUUCUUGGUAAAAGAAACCGCACUGUUCACAUCUGCAGGCUCCUUUUGUCACUAAGAAUAUGGUGUACAUGAGAACAUUUAUUUAUUGCAUGAUUUCCUAGAUACACAAUCUAUGCAUUCGUAUAAACUUACUUUAUCCUGAGGUGGUUUCCAAAUGCAGUAUUUUAAGCCAUAAAUGACCGAGAACCAAGCAAUCUGAAAUUGUGUUUGUGAUUAUUUGGAAUGCUUUUGAAAUGGGAAAACAAACUAAUCACUUCCCUACCUAAUUACCUAAUGUUAUUGAAACAUUCUAUUUUGCCACACACUUGAAGACAACAAAGGUUUUUAGUUUUAUCUACUCUUAUAUUGGUAAAUAAAGAAAAAAAUAAUUCUUUUAGUUUGUAUUAAUGAAAAGCUUUACUUAGUUGGAAAUAAAAGAUCCAGGAAAAAAAGAAGAGACUAAUAUGUUCAACUGUUGUCACGUAUAGCCAGCAUGUCACUUAUAUCGUGUAAUUCCCAAAGGCUUGGCAUGCUGUAAGUGUCUGGGUGAUAGAGCGCUGCUGGUAAAUCACACUUCUAAUUUCAUAGUGAUAAGGAUUUUCAUCACUUGGAAUUUUAAGGAUGACAUAAAAUAAGUUUAAAUACCAAUUUGGGGAGUAAGUUGAGACAGGAGGAAAGUUUUUGUCUUUCCCUACUUAGGCGUAGGUCAAUUAAAAUAUUUGGUUUAAAAAUUACUAAAUGCUUUAAACAUAUUGUAGCUUAUAAGUAGGAGUGUUGCGAUAUAUAAAUGAGAAAUUUUAAAAGGUAAUUAUUUUGCAUGCCUGAUGCUUAAUAGAACACUUAGCAUCAAGUGUUACCUGCAGCAGUCCUCGUACUUAAAUCCAGUCCCUUCUAAUGCUGUAUCAAAGUAAAUGAAAAUAAACAUUGCAAAUUAGCUUCUGGGAGCUUAUUUGAUACACAGCAAAUGGCAGUUGUUCCUGUGUUUCCUGGUGACCUGUGUACAGCUGUACAUACAUUUUCUUUACUUAUUCUAGCAACACUGUUAAGAGUGGCUAUGACUAUGUUUGGUAUUCAUAUAGACUUUAAUACAAAA